AUGGCCUGCUACGACCUGUACCCCUCCUCUGCCUGUGGCGUCCUCCGGCCCCAGCCCCUGGCUGACAGCGGGAACGAGCCGUGUGUCCGCCAGUGCCCCGACUCCACCACCGUGAUCCAGCCUCCCGCCGUGGUGGUCACCUUCCCCGGCCCCAUCCUCAGCUCCUUCCCGCAGGAUUCCGUGGUGGGAUCUGCUGGAGCUCCCGUCCUGUCGGCCUCCGGAGCCUCCCUGGGCUAUGGGGGCUAUGGGUCCCUGGGCUAUGGGGGUCUCUAUGGAUAUGGGGGUUACGGAUCCCUGGGCUACGGGGGUCUGUGGGGCUAUGGGGGUCUGGGUUCCUGCGGUGGGUACCGGGGCCUGUAUGGCAGAGCUUUUGGCUCCGGCUAUUGCAGCCCCUACUCCUCCUGGUACGGCCGCUACGGCCGCGGCUUCUGGGGGAUCUGCUAA